CCGCAGCUGUCGCAAUCUUUUGAACGCAGCCUCCAUAUCAGCCAGCCGUGCCAGGGCAGCCGUGUUGGGUGAACUGCCCUCUGAUGAGCCUGGAUCCAUUGGUAGUUAUUAUAAUUGAGAGGCGGAUAGCUUGGGGAAUUGUAGUGGGAAAAGGCGUUAUGUUAAACGGCUUUUCUACUAAUUUGUUUGAGGGAUUGUCUGGUGUAAUCUCUGGUGAUUUAUCUGACGGUUCAUCCGAAUGCGUGCCUGAUGGUUUGUCUGAUAAUUUGUCCAAUGAUUCAUACGAGGGGUGUUCUGCUUUUUGUCUUUAUUUCCGUAUUCGAUACAAAAACUUUGAUGGAUGAUGGCUUGUCGUAUCUUUUAGCGAACCAGGGUGAAUACUGAGUUACGCAAUAAUAGUUUCUGUAAUAUCUGGGUUGGCUUCAAAGUUUGAUUCAGAACGAUACCUGCCUUUAGUUAACCAGCUCUCGCUGGAUAACCGUUUGCCAGGUUGGACACCAGACAAGGGGAACUGGACAUCCGGGUCCCAGACCAGCGGUUUCUCCUUUUUCAUUCUAGAGGUGGACUUCGAUACGAACAAGUGAGUCCGAGCCGGGCCCAUGUCAAAACAAUACCCAUUGCUCCCUUCCAGGAAAGGUUGAGCAGCACCAUGCCAC